CAUCUUCUUUAAUUACUUACUUACCAACUUUUACAAAUUGUAUGACAAUGGCUGUUAUCACAUCCGAACUUGAGGUGACUUCUACUCUUCCCGCUGAUAAACUUUUCAAGGUCUAUGGAGACUUUGACACCCUUGCACCUAAGGUAGAUCCUGGAACUUUCAAAUCUAUCGAUAUUAUCGAAGGUGAUGGCGGUGUUGGAAGCAUUAUAAGCAUUACCUUUGGUGAUGGUGUUCCGUACAAAAAUUCCAAGCAUAGAGUUGAUGCCAUAGACAUAAGCAAUCUUAGCGUCAGCUACACGAUCUUUGAAGGUGACGCCUUGUUAGGUAUUAUUGUCUCAGUCACUCAUCAUGUUAAGUUCGUACCUUCUGCUGAUGGUGGAUCUGUGUACAAGCACACGACUGAGUUUAAUUGCAAACCUGAUGCCCAACUACCUGAUGGUAUUCUUAACUUUCUCAAAGAAGCAUUCAAGAACACCUUUAAGGCAAUAGAGGCCUAUGCAAUCGCACAUCCCGAAGCUUGCUAGUUCUUCUCGAAUAACUAUGGUUUUCAAUUUCAUUAUUGUGUGCUAAAAUGGAAAUGAUUUGAUGCUCGUGUUUUCCACUUUUUUUCACCUAAAUAAAUGGAUACUUGUAUGCUUUUGUCA